AUGGGGACCAAGCGGCUGAAAUUCACUCUAGUUGAUUGUAAGCUGACUCCAGGAAGCACAACUCUUACAGUGCCAGUCAGCAUGCUGGCUGGCAAAAUGUUUCAAUAUGUUAAUGCUACUCUUGAUACUGCUGCUGUUGUUGAUAUUACUAAUGCUGUUGAUACUGAUAUUGGUACAACUGUUGAUACCGUUGUUGAUACUGCUGAUGCUGUCAAUACUGUUAAUGCUAUUGCUGAUACUGCCGUCGUUGUUGAUACUACUGAUACUGUUGAUACUACCGUUGCUGAUACUGCUGAAGCUGUCAAUAUUGCUGUUGCUGUUGAUACCGCUAAUGCUGGAAAUAUUGCUGUUGUGGAGUUGCUGCUGCUUCUGCUGCACUUUUUGGCUGUUGUUCCCGACUACCGUGUCACUGUGUACCGUGUCACUGUGCACCGUGUCACUGUGUACCGUGUCACUGUGCACCGUGUCACUGUGCACCGUGUCACUGUGUACCAUGUCACUGUGCACCGUGUCACUGUGUACCGUGUCACUGUGCACCGUGUCACUGUGUACCGUGUCACUGUGCACGUGUCACUGUGCACCGUGUCACUGUGUACCGUGUCACUGUGCACCGUGUCACUGUACCGUGUCACUGUGUACCGUGUCACUGUGCACCGUGUCACUGUGCACCGUGUCACUGUGCACCGUGUCACUGUGCACCGUGUCACUGUGCACCGUGUCACUGUGUACCGUGUCACUGUGUACCGUGUCACUGUGUACCGUGUCACUGUGUACCGUGUCACUGUGUACCGUGUCACUGUGCACCGUGUCACUGUGCACCGUGUCACUGUGUACCGUGUCACUGUGUACCGUGUCACUGUGCGCCGUGUCACUGUGUACCGUGUCACUGUGUACCGUGUCACUGUGUACCGUGUCACUGUAGAGGCUAACUUACCACCCGGUCGCAGGUCCUGGAGACGGGUACAGCUGGAGUGUCGACGGAGGAAGUCACUGAAGGAGAGUGUGGCACUUUUUGUGGCACUGCAGACGAUCGUAGCGGUGUGUUUCUUCACAUGGGAACAGCAACAGCAGCAACAACAGACAUGGAACAAUUCCACUGAAGCUAUCUGGAGAGUCGAUAAGCAUAUUGUCCUCUUCGCUGUUCCCAGCUCGACCCAGCUACAAGAUGAUAGUCAGGACGUUCAGGAGAAUGUGUUUAGCCAGGCAGAGGGGCCAGGUAUAGCUGAGGCAGCUCUUAAUGUGACGAAUAACGAAGGGACAACCAAGGCCAGUGAAGAUAUGCGCAGUGUAGUACAGGAGGCACCAGACAGCAACAGAGGUAAAUGGUAUCCGCAGAGAGUCUUUCUUCGUGAAAUGGAAUCGCCCGAUAAACACCAAAGGAAAGAAAAUUUUAAUAAUAACAAUAAUAAAAAUAUAGGGUAUAAACAUGAGAAUAAAGAAGAUUGGUCAGAGGAAGAGGAGGACCCUAACGUUGGUCGUGGAUUUCAAGAAGAAUUUGUUACAUAUCGGGCUGACAAUACCUUUAUCUUGAUGGACAACAGUGGCACAGAUCAAGUCAUUGCAAACAAGACACACCAAAGUACAACCAAGCAGUACACUGCUGUAGAUGUAAGCACUGGAAAACAUGUAACGAAUAUUUUAACAAAUUCGAUAAUGAAAAACUUAGUAAGUUUUAGUAAUAUAAGCGUUAACAGUUACACCAGCCAAGGUGCACUCGGCUCGUCUGAAGAAAUAAACUACAAAUUUAAAACUUACAACAUAAACAAUCCUAGUAAAUUUAUUUUAACUGAUGACACACGAAAUUACUUCCAGGAUAUUAAGAACAGUACCACUUGCUUCAUUAGUGGCACGGAUAUGGAAAGAUCCAAACACGCCCGAGAUGGAAGGUGCUAUUGCUUGAAGGGAUAUUUCGGAGUGGACUGCGGCAUCCCAGAGGCUGCAUGGUUUGGGAUGUAUGAAGUAAAGUUUCCAAACACAUUGCUUAGACGCAGAGAAGUUCCUCGAAGAGUGAUCAAUGGCCUUCCUGUGAACCAUGAGUUUGCUCUCUUCGAAGCCAGGAUGCACGAACUACAUGACGUGGUCGAUGUGUUUAUCAUCGCUGAGUCAAACUACACCGCUCACGGGGACCCCAAGGAUUUUCAUUUCCUUGCCAGGUUACGGGAAGGCUACCUGAAGAACUUCCAGAAUAAGAUCGUGUAUGUGCCCCUCGGGUUCUUCCCGUCCCAAUCGAAGGAGAAUGGGUGGAUUGCUGAUGCCUACCUGAGGUAUUACCUGGGCGAGAAGGGUCUCCCGCUCCUUCAUGGUCUUAAAGAUGAUGAUCUCUUUGUGCUCUCAGACGCUGACGAGCUUCCAACUCGGGAAAUUCUCACCUUCCUGAAGGUUUACGACGGUUACCCAGAACCGGUCAGUUUCGCUCUCCGGUGGAACAUGUUCGGCUUCUUCUGGAUGGCUCCCGUUGAAUCUUCGUGGCUGAACUGGGUCAGAGGCACAGCUGAGCAACUCACCAUAGUGACCUCAGUCGCUACGGUGGGCAUGCUGAGGAAGGUGCUCUUCAACAAUGUGUUCUACAUUCGCAAAAAGAACCUAUGGCAGCAUCAUAAGCUGGCUAAGUGGCUAAGGAAGUACCGCAGUGAGGGCCAUCCCGUGAAGGACUGGGUGGCCGGCACUGUGGGACAUUACGCUGGCUGGCACUGUUCCUGGUGUUUCAGCCCAGAAAACAUCGUUCGGAAGAUGGACUCUGCCCAGGCUGCCGACCUGCCUCGCUGGGGUGACUUCCCAGAGAAGAAGAACCUGUCGUACAUCAUCUCCAGGAUCUGGGACGGCAUCUGGUUCGACGACGAGAAGCAUUACAUCCCCGUCACGGACACCACGGACCGCUACUACGCCCCUCGAUACCUGCUGGACCAUCCUCACCUGUACCGCUCCAUUCUCUUCCACCCGGGACAUCCACUCAACCUCAACAGGACCUGGAUGCCUCCCUAAGCUCCAGGUCCUCCAUAGAUCAUAGUUCCCAUCUAGGUUCUAGUACGUCCCUAGAUCCUAGUUCAUACCCAGUUUCUGGUUGCUAGGUUUUUCAGUUUUCAUGUACUCUGCCCCUCAACAAGGUCGAGUGAACCAUUCAGUUAUUUUCUAGUGAACCCAUUAAAUCUAGAUUCACUACCCCACACGUAGAUAGAUAUUUCGCCCGUGUGACGAGGGAGAAACAUGUACAACAGUUGGGUAUUUAUUUUUGAAACGGUUCGCCUACAUAGUAGGCUUCUUCAGUCAAAUAUGAAGCCAGCAGGAGUGGCAGCGAAGUAAAAAUGAUGUAAUAAGUCCAUCAACUUUGGAGAAAAUAGUAUUUGAGGUGGUCAGUCCCCUAAAUACUAUUUUCUCCACCGCUGAUGGACUGAUUGCAUUUUUACUUCGCUGCUGCUCAUGCUGAUUCCAUAUUUGACUGAAGAAGCCUACUGUGUAGGCGAAACGUUUCAACAAUAAAGAUACCCAACUAUUUUACAUGUGUCUUACUCAUCAACUUAUCAGUGUUUUAUACAAUUUUCAACAUAUCUCUCUAAUAUAACCAAAUAUUUGUGAACUAGUUGAAUUCUGAUGAGAGGCCGAGAUGAAUUAAUUUUCCUCUUGCAAAGAAAUUGUUCCCUUUUUUCUUGGCUCCAGUAUAGUAACAGAAGCCUUGUGGUGUGUAAGUUAAGAUAAACAACAGUACAAAAGACAGCAGCAGUAAGACGAAAUCUUUUGCUGUUGGAAAUCAUUACUAACCUCUCAUAGCUUUUAGUCUGUUGCUAAACAAAAUUAUUUAUUUCUGGCUGCACCUGGAGUCUUUUAGGCUUCUCCAUAAUCCAGUGAGCGUCACUGUCAGUCUUUACGAGUUUCAAAAAAUGGCCGACUGAUGUUGAGUAUUAUUAUUAAAAUAAAUAUGUUAUGCUUUUCAGGUCACAGAAAUAUUUUUAUGCUGUAAAUAUGAAUA